CAGAACGACAAAAAAAUGAAAUUCCUUAUUGUAACGUUCACCACAUUGUACUGUUUCAAUUCACUGGAUGCCAGAAAUAUAGCGCCGGACAAUGAUGAAUUAAUUUUGGUUCACGCAAUUAUCAGACACGGUAACCGAACUCCAGAUGAUGAAAUUUAUCCUGGAAAUCCAUACGGUAACGAAAAAUAUUAUGAACCGUACGGGUUCGCUCAACUGACCAAUGAAGGCAAACGAACGGAGUACAAAUUAGGUCAAGCAUUAAGAAAUAGAUAUGGAUCGUUCUUAGAUAAAGAGUACCACAGAAACGAUAUAGAUCCCAGGACGACCAACGUGCCAAGAACCAAAAUGUCACUUUUAUUGGUACUUGCUGGGCUAUAUCCUCCAACCGGAUCUCUACUAUGGAAUCGCGCUUUGAAGUGGCAACCUAUUCCGUACAAUUACUACGAACAUGACAAGGAACUUUCUUCGCAGUUUGUAUGCGUAAAUUACAAAAGGAUGUAUAAGAGUUUGCUAAGUUCGGAGAAAAUCCAGGCACAGAUUUUGGUAUACAAAGAUGUAUACGAAUAUCUCUCCGAUCACACCAACACAACAGUAUCAACACCCAAUGACGUCGCUGAUAUUUUUUUGGAAUUGAAAGCCCAGCGCGAUUAUGGAUAUCAGCUUGAAAAUUGGACAAGUAAAUAUUUUCCGUAUCCGAUGGAAAAUAUUACGAAGGACAUGUAUUAUGCUAUGACGAACACGACUAGCCUGAAGAAAAUUAUUUCAGGCUUUUUAAUAAAAAAAAUUAUCGAGGACUCCGAUAAAAAAAUCCGCGAGACGUUGCAACCUCCGCAAAGAAAACUGUUUAUUUAUUCGGCGCACGAGAAGAACAUCGCCACACUGCUGCUAACUUUGGGAGUUUUCGACGACAGGAUUCCUGCCUACGGAAGUUACAUCCUGGUGGAAGUUCAUAGAGUGAAUAGGACCCACGGGUUAAAGUUUUACUAUCAGAAUUAUAUUGAAGUUGAGCCGACACUUGUGACAAUACCGGGGUGUGCUUCAUUUUGCCCAUUGACCCAAUUUGCGCAACUGAUGAAAGAAUAUGUACCUGAAGAUGAAGACUGUGAACUAAAAAAUGAUUGAAUGUCAGUUUUGUUGUGCACAAAUAUCGUAUAAAUGUUUUAGUAAAACAAGAACUAGUAAUUUCAUUAUUGAAAUAGAACAAUAUUAUAUAUACAAAAAUAUA